GCUUUCAAGUUGCAAUAGUGACCAACAAAAGGUUGAUUCAAUUGCUAAAGAUGUAAAAGUUUUGAAUUCGAAUUUAAUUAAUAAUUUUUUAGCGGGAUCAUCUUUAAGAUCUGCAGCCAUCCAUUGUUCUUAGAAAAUCUUUCAGAGUUCCUCAUCUUUCCUCGAUUACUCGCAUUCCAAACAUAACGGUAAGUAGCGUAAUUCCGCUUAGCACUCAUUUUGUUGACCGAAACGUGCAAUGAAGUGAUUGAUACAGGGCAUGCUUUUAAUUCACCUUUGACAAUCGACACAUUUCAAGUAAGAACGAGCCUGUCAAUUUUCAUCUUUCCCUGUGCCCCCGUGUUUCCCAGCAGUUUCUUCGCCAGCGUGUUGACGUGGGAAAACGAUGAAUAAAUUUAAGAUAAAUCUGUGUACUCAGUCAUCUCUCAAAUCUCCAUCAUUUACUGGUACGGGAAGACUCCACAUUUUCAUUCUUGUUUAUUCUUUGCAACCAUUUCCAUUCUCAGUUUCUUGGAAAUUUCCCAGCUUUACUGCUCUGUGUCAAUCCUUGUAGAUUUCCCAUCUUUCUUUUUGGCAUUCUUUCGCUUUCAAAGAAAGAAAAGAGGGUCUUUUGUAGCAUGGUUUAAGUGAUGAAGGGAAAGAAUUGGUUUUACUUGAUUGUUUGAAUGGGAUAUUAGCAAAUUGUUGUUCUGGUGGCUUCUGGUCUUCAAAGUUUGAUUCUUUUGGUUGUUGGUGGUGAUGCUUCAUGGACUUUUUAUGAUGGCUGUUUUGAUUCAUGGGAUUUUAAGUAUUUUUGGUUUGCUUCAUGGGUUGUUGAGAUAAUCGGUUAUGUUUCUUUGGUUUAUGGGAUUGGAAUUGGUGGCUUAAUUUUUUGGAAUUGAGACUUGAAAGCGAUGGAUGGCAUUCUAAGAAAAAUUCUGUCUGUUGGGAAAUCAUCUCCUAAAAGUGAUGAUGGUGAUUAUGAUAAUAACAUUGAAUACUCAAUUGCUAUUGAGUACCAUGGUCCUCCGGUCACUUUUGACAUCCCCAAAGCAGUUCCGGUGGACGUUGACCAACUCCCAACUGCUGCCACAGUUUCCUCUUCAUUUGUUUUGAAGGAUAUUUCGUUGCCAAUUAUCCAACCAAUUGUAAAGACUACUUCAGUGAACCAAAAACUGUCCAAAGAUAAAAAAUUUGGUUCUGAACGUGGCUCAGCUCGAAAAUUCAAUGAUCGUCCUGGUGUGUCCAAUGAAUCAUCAACUCAAGUUGACAGCUUGGAUUCAUUAGGCCAGAGAAUUGAUGAUGGAUGCAGGACAAAAUUAUGUGAUGGAAUAGGAAGUUCUGGCAUUCUGGAAAUUUCUGAUGUUCAUGAUAGUUUAGGUGAAUCAUCAGGAGGGUUAGCAGAGUUAGAGCCAAUUGAUGAUCAGGAGGAAGGUUUAGGGUUGCAGAAGUAUAUGGAUCUUCCUGAUUCAGAUUCAACAGAGUCAGUUUUAAGCUCACCUGCACUUUCAUCAUCCGAGGUCUUUUCUCAAAAAGGGGAGGAGGUUAACAAUGAGACUCCUUGCCAUGUCAAAAGACCAUCUGUUGUAACUUUCCGUGAUCCUGAAUCAUGUGACAUGGUUCAAGGAGAGUCAGGCUAUUCUGAGACAGAAAGCAUCCAUGCUGCACAACCUAUUGCAAGGAACGGGAAAAAGGGGUCAUGUUAUAGGUGCUUAAAGGGAAACCGGUUUACAGAAAAAGAGAUUUGUAUUGUUUGUAAUGCUAAGUAUUGUUGUAAGUGUGUACUGAGAGCAAUGGGGUCGAUGCCAGAGGGGAGAAAAUGUGUUACUUGCAUAGGUAAGAAGAUAAAUGAGUCCAGGCGAGGAAGUCUUGGAAAAUGUUCUCGGCUCCUCAAGCGGCUGCUCAAUGAGUUGGAAGUUCAACAGGCAAUGAAUUCUGAGAGGACAAGCGAGGCAAACCAGCUACCCCUUGAGCUCGUUGUGAAUGGAGAGCCAUUGAGUCAAGAUGAGUGGCAUGUUUUGCAAACCUGCCAAAACCCACCAAAUAAGCUAAAACCUGGAUUCUAUUGGUAUGAUAAAUUAUCUGGAUUUUGGGGAAGGGAAGGACAUGGGCCUUGCCAGAUUAUUACUGCCCAGCUAAAUGUUGGAGGUCUCAUCAAGGCUGAUGCUAGCAAUGGAAACACAAAAGUACUCAUAAAUAAUCGAGAGAUUACUAAAAAAGAGCUGUGGAUGCUGCAGUUGGCAGGAGUUCAUUGUGAAGGAAAACCUAGCUUUUGGCUAAGUGCAGAUGGAUCCUACCAGGAAGAGGGACAGAAAAAUGUAAAAGGGCCUAUAUGGGACAAGAGGGGGAUUAAGCUUAUUUGUGCUCUCUUGUCUAUUCCGGUUCCUCCCGAUUUUGUGAAUCCUUCUGGAGAAGAUGUCAGCCAGAGAACCCUAGAGCAGCGAGCACUUCAUAAACUUCUUCUAGUUGGCUAUCAAAAGUCUGGCACAAGUACGAUAUAUAAGCAGGCCAAGAUUCUGUAUAAUAUUCCUUUCUCCGAAAAUGAGCGCCAAAAUAUCAAAUCGAUGAUCCAAAGCAAUUUGUAUGGCUAUAUUGCUAUGUUGCUUGAGGGUCGAGAAUGGUUUGAAGAAGAAAGCUUACUAGAGAUUAGAAAAGGACAGAUUGCUGAUGCAUCUGGCUCUUCAGGCAGUGCAAGCCAGAUUGAUGGUAAAACGAAAUAUUCCAUUUCCGCAAGACUGAAAUCAUUCUCGGAUUGGCUUGUCCAAGUGAUGGUAUCUGGUAAUUUGGAAGGCAUCUUCCCAGCUGCUACUUGUGAAUAUGCACCAUUUAUUCAGGAGCUGUGGAAUGAUGCAGCCUUUCAGGCCACAUAUAACCGGAGGCAUGAGCUAGAAAUACUGCCGAGAGUUGCUACAUAUUUCCUAGAACGGGCUGUUGAGAUCUCGAGGACAGAUUAUGAGCCGUCUGACGUAGAUAUCGUGUAUGCUGAGGGAAUUACAUCAUCCAAUGGAAUUUCUUGCAUGGAAUUCUCUUUUCCCACAAUAGAAGGAGAAAGCUCUAUUGAUGGUUAUCAGCAUGAUCCAUUGGCGAGGUACCAACUUAUUAGACUGCAUCCCAGUAGCCUUGGGGAGAAUUGCAAGUGGGUGGAAAUGUUUGAAGACAUCGACAUUGUCCUCUUUUGUGUCUCCUUGACCGACUAUGAUGAGUUUGUAUCAGACAGUAAUGGAGUUCUCGCAAACAAAAUGUUGGCAAGCAAGCAACUCUUCGAAAGUAUAGUCACCCAUCCAAACUUUGAGCAAAAGGACUUCCUUCUAAUACUCAACAAAGUUGAUCUGCUCAAAGAAAAGAUUUUGCAGGUUCCUCUGACUCAAUGUGAUUGGUUUCAUGACUUCAAUCCGGUUAUCAGCAAUAAUAGAAAUAAUCACAGGUCACUAGCACAGAGUGCCUUCCACUAUAUUGCUGUGAAGUUCAAGAGAUUAUUCGAUUCUCUUACUGAUCGUAAGUUGUAUGUUUCAAUGGUUACCGGCUUGGAGCCUGGUUCUGUUGAUGAAGCUCUAAGAUACACCAGGGACAUUCUUAAGUGGGACGACACCGAAAAUAGCUUCUUUAACAACGAAUUGUCCUCUACGGAUAUUGAGGCAAGCUCAACCUCAUAACCCUUUUUUUCUUUAGAUUGAAAAUAUAAGUUGGAAAAUCAGAUUCUUAGUGCUGAAACCAGGUUUUUUCUCCCACUGCAGAUUCCUUUAUUAUUAUUAUUAAUUUUUAUAGUUCUUAGUCAUAGAACUUAAUUGUGGAGCAGUGUAUAUUUUGUUUUUGAGAAUGAAGUAUCCUCAAGUACUUUUUGUUUCAUCCAUAUUUAACCAGAAAGAUCCGUACAACUUGAAAAUCAAAUAAAAAACAUUGCUGGAGAUUUUGAAAGAACAGCUAAUCAUAUAAAGAGCUGAGGCACAAAAGAAAUGAACAUUUAAAGCAAAGCUGCCAUAAACUUUAUAAUGAACCACAUCCACUAUAAAACAAGUCCAAUUACACAAGCAUGACUAGAAGGAACCUUGGAUUUACACUUAAGCUCGAACAAGGUUACAUUUUUCUCUUCAAUCACCAAGGUACAAACCUGUCAAUAAGCAAACAGACAGUAUUUUCUGACAUUGUAGUUUCAUCUGCAGCAUCUUUAGCAGCUUCCUUCUCUUCAGCAUGUCCUUUCUUGGCAAACCGCAGAUCCUUUUUAGCCCUUGAUAAGAACGGCCUUCUUGCUUCGACUUUCUCUUUGAGCUUUGCUAGCUCACCCAUCCAUCCCCCUACUAUUUCAGACAUUUUUCUCACCAAAGCUUGAAGGAGAAACUUCUUUUUUCUCUUUGGAAUGUGUUAAUGCUUUUGCUUUUCUCUUUCCCUGUUCAAGGAAAAGUGAGGAGACCUAAAAGGGUUUAUAUAGAAGAAAUCAGAAGAGUUGCUGAAGUGUUUUAUUAGUGGUGUCAAGGCUGCGAAUUUUGACUCGUUGGAAACAAAAAAUCAUCGUGUGGUUACUGGUUGGCCCGCAGAUACGGUUAGAUUGGAAGAAAAGGAUAUUGUUAGGGAUAUUCCCCAAUCCCGGCUAUGAAUAUCUCCUGUAGGAAAGUUCUGGCAUGUAUUUACUCUUACCGUCUUUAAUUCUAAGAAUACAAAAACACUGUCAUUGGCUUCUACAUUUUUGUUUCUUGGUGUAAAAAAUGGACCCAAAAUACUUUCUGCCCUUCUGUCAGACAUGUAAUAUCUUUAAUCUACAGCUUGAUUUUGAUAUCAUACUUUGCUAUCUUUUGAUCAAGAAUAUGAUUGAGUACAAGCAAAGUAGACGCAAGAAAUUCUCAUAUAAAGGCGCAGGCUGCUGGUAUGGUUUCUUUUGUUUGUUAUGGGAACCCACUGUAGAUUUUUUUUUUUUGGUCCAGAAAAGUUCAAAAAGACCGUCUUCACUCAGUUGUUUCACGCGGCCUGGGAGCGAAGCAACAAAAUAGUUGUCAAGGUUGGAAAGUUCAAUAGAACACCAGGCCAGGGCCACAGAACAAUAAUGAGCAUGUGGCCCUGAUUUGAAGUGGACGUGCUCUACUGUACUAUCAUAUGCUGCAGAUUCUAGUUUUCCACUGGUCUGUGGAGGCUUUACAUUAGCUUAAAAUGUUACCUUCCCACUUCGGUCGUCAGCUUUAAGCCAGGGGAAGAAGCACGUUGAGGAAAUUUGCAGUCCUAUGAACUGUCAAAGUGACAAUGAAAUAGGGAAAAUCGUCCAACCCUUCAGCCUACUUUGUACUCGUCUUCUACCAUUCGACAUUAUUUUUCUCCUUUCUUCUGAGUUGUAUAUGGGAUAGAAUAAAAUCUAGUUAAAUCUCAAACUUGACCACUUCAAAGUCAUGUUAUGAUUAUAUUCGGAUCUUCUCCAUGAUAUUCAAAGAUGAAGGAAUCAAUAGAUUUCAAUGCCAUGAUUAAAGCAGUCUAAUUUGUAGUAGAUUAUUAGACCACAUUCAGAACAAUUAAAACGGUAUGUCGGCUAACUUUUCAACAAGCGGAUCAUUUCAAAACUCACGAAAAAGGGGAGAAAAAAGAACAAAUUGUAGAUUAAAAAUGGCUGACUAAAUUGGUUCAAAAUUCAAAUCUUUACCAAGCUUAUAUUUGUACAUAUAAGAGAAGAAAUAUCAGAAAGUCCAGUGAAAAGACAAAUUUUCAUAAUAUAGUAAUGCCAAGGUAUGUUUCGAGUAGAUUUUUUCACCCAUAAAGCAGGAUCAAACAGCCAAUUCCUCGACGGACAUAGCUUUGCUUUGGUUUUCUAGCUUUUUUAGUUGUGGCUUUGCCAGUGUUAAUUAUGUUGGGCCAGUUUCAGAGUUUGUGAGAAGACAAUAGCACUUCGAUCAGAACAUAUCAGCAAAGAUAUUAACAUUGUUUCUGUCAUUUUCAAGUCAUUUGUUUCAAUUAAAACCGUAGAAUCUUGUAGCUGUAGGAUAUUUGAACUCC